AUGAGAACGCCAUCGAAGCUCUUCAGACCGGUCUCCACGGUCUCACGAACUCCCUCGUCGCGAAAACGGAGCGCUAAUAGUGGAAAAUGGGCGCCAACUACAUCACGAACAGCAGCAUCACUUCACGGAUUCGCGGUACCCCAGCCCAACUCGAACAUUUCGGCUAGUGAGCCUUUUGCGGGCGAGGAUACAAGGAGCCCGCCGGCCCCUCGCAACUUGGAACAAGGCAGUGCUGCGCAUUCUAUCAACGUCCAAGCGAUCCUUGAAGAAGCACAGCCAGGGAGAAUAUUGGCUGCGUUGAAAAGCUCAGCCGAGUUGCAAAAUGCAAUACAGGAGGUACCAGCUGCUACCUAUGUCGAGCUUCUACGGUUACUUUCUCCUGCAUAUUUCAUUGAGCCGUACAAGGAACUGCACGCUCAUCUUCACCCCCUGACCGCACAUCUCAAUCGGAUCCUCCCUUUAACUAUUCGCAUGGCCCAGUUUGCGGAACAACUUGAUGCUAUCGUUAAACUGCGACGUCGCGCGGGCCACCGUUUGGGACUCGCCGAAUAUACCCAACUUCUGUCAUGCUCUGCGUCGAUGGGAUACGGACAGAUGGCCAGUUUUCUUUGGACGGAAAUGGGCGAAGACGGAAUCGAACCUACCGUUGAGUGCUAUAAUUAUCUCAUGGAAGCUAAAGUAUGGGAUCGUGCCUACAUUGCGAAAGAAAAUCAUAGGGUACGGUCUACGCAAUGGAUAUAUGACAAGCGGAGGCGAUAUCCCCGUAACCCCGGCUACCGUGGGUAUAGAACAGGUAAAGAUGGAGUACGAGAUCAGGUCCACCAACUGUUUCGUGCAAUGGUGGCGAGUGGGUUGAUUCCUAACGAAGCUACCUUUAUCAAUGUUAUGACCGCAGCGAGUCGGGAAUGGGACAUGAAAACUGUCAAGACCACGCUACAAACCGUCUGGGGUAUCGACGUUGACCUACUUGAAAACGACCCGGGUAGCCAUCCACCAGUAUCUAUUUACGCUACCUCAUCCCCUCUUCACCCUACACCCCGACUUCUUCACGCCGUUGCUCACAUUUUCGGGUCGAAUAAUGACUUCUCAAUGGCUUUGAAGCUAGUGGACUUUGUCUCCCAAAGUUACAACAUUCCAAUCCCGCAGCGCGUGUGGCAAGAAUUGCUUGAAUGGUCAUUUGUGCUCUCGCUUGAGAGAUUUGGGGAUUCCGGCGAUAGCAUGGUUGGCAAGAUCCCGCGGAACUCGCCAGUCAAAGUUUUCGAAGUCCUCACAUCAUCACCCUACAAUGCCUCUCCAAACUUCAAAAUGUACAAUAUCCUCUUCAAAGUUGCCUGGAUAAAACAAUCAAAGGAUACCUUCGACCAUAUGAAGAGUGGUCGUGAAUUGUUCCGAGAAACGCUGCGAACGCGAAAUCGCCUUUUUCAUCGACUACUCAGGAGGCACGGAGAGAUUGCAUCUACUCGCAACCUUAAUAACCCUUUAGAUAUCAACCCGUCACGGAGGAGCAACCAACCAGACGACGAUGAGGUAUUGCCCAAACCGGCCCACGAAUACCGACUCGCUCCUCUUUUCCCAUCCAUCACCUGCCCCGGAGAUUACUGGGAUCUAUACAACACCGUCAAAUCGCUCAACAUAAAGGUCGCUCGAGAACUCUUGUACAUCCAACGAUGGAUUCGACUAAUCCUGACGCGGCGAAAAUGGCGCGGGACGAAAGAGCAGUGGGAAAGACUAGGCGUUCCCAAUUUCAUAGAGGAAUGGAAGGAAUUUUUGCCCUACCAGGUCUUUUACCAUACAAAGACCGGCGUAGUGGAAUUUGACCCUUCUAGCUUCUGGCCCGAAGGCCAUCGAUGGGAUCUUGCAAGUUUCAUGCUCCCACUUUGGGAUGCGGAGAAUCGAUUGCUUAGCAAGUCAGAGCAAGAAACAUUCUUAGAUGUAGCACCAGAGCUCACUACAGAUGACGAUGCACCGGGCAUUAUGACGGGGAGAUCGUAA